ACAACACGCAGACACCUUCUCCGUCGUCUUCUCUAUCGCAACCAUGAUUAUGUCAGAGGAGAACCGUCGCGCAAUCUCCAAGUACCUCUUCCAAGAGGGAGUUCUGUUUGCGAAAAAAGAUUUCAAUUUAGCGCAGCAUCCUUUGGUGGAAGGUGUACCGAAUCUGCAAGUCAUAAAAUUGAUGCAGAGCUUCAAGUCUAAGGAGUACGUUCGCGAGACGUUUGCAUGGAUGCAUUACUACUGGUUUCUCACCAACGAAGGCAUUGACUUUCUGAGGACUUACCUCAAUUUACCUUCUGAGAUUGUUCCCGCCACUUUGAAGAAACAACAGAAGCCUCUUGGUCGUCCCAUGGGUGGUGACCGUCCCCGUGGCCCACCUCGUUCUGAUGGAGAGAGGAGGUUUGGUGACAGAGAUGGAUACCGUGGAGUAGCAAGAUCAGGUGGAGAGUUUGGUGACAAAAGUGGGGCCCCUGCUGAUUACCAGCCUUCCUUCAGGGGACCUGGAGCUGGAUCUAGGCCUGGGUUUGGCCGUGGAGCCGGUGGGUUUGGUGCUGGUCCAGCUGCUGGAUCAGAUCUUCCUUGAAAGGGAAAUGUAAUCCUUGUUUCUUUUUGGCUAAAUUGCACUUCGGAUUUGAGAAGGAAUGUCUUUUACUCAACAUGAUUGUUUUUACUCAACAUGAUUGAUUUUAGAAUUUUAUAAAGGACGUUCAGUGUUUUGGAUCGUUACAAAAAUGUCUCUCUUAUUUCAGAUUUUAAUGACUGAUGGUUUUAAAUUAAUUCUGUUAUUUAUUUGGAGACUACACAAAUAAGUAGGUAUGUGCAAGACUUAAAAUGAAUUCCUCUUUUUAUUAUAAAUAAAUAAAAAAAUUGUUUUCGUU